AUGGAGAAGAGGAUGGGUGGUUCCUCUUCUGUGGAGCAGCUCCUCACACGCACAGAUCUCCCUUACAGCGAGGAAGUCAUGGCGGUCCCUCUACCGUCUAUAUUCAAGGUACCGCACAUCGAUCUAUACGAUGGAUCCAAAGAUCCUAUUGAUCACCUCGAGAAUUUCAUAGCACACAUGACUCUCUCCGGCUUCCCUGGAGAGGUGGCUUGUCGUGCCUUCCGAUUGAUGCUAAAAGGAAUAGCACGGGGGUGGUUUGGGACCCUUCGCCCUGGAUCGAUUAACAAUUUUGAGGAGCUAGCUAAGCAAUUUCUCACACAGUUUAUGACAAGCAGGAGGCACUGCAAGCCGUCAGCCUAUCUGUUAACCGUAAAACAGAAGGAAAGGGAGAAUUUGAAGACUUACCUAAUGCACUUCAAUAAAGAGAGGCUCACCACUAAUGAUCAGGAUGAAAAAAUCACCUUAGCCGCACUACUGGGAGGAAUCUGGCCUCGAAGCCCUUUGAUGGUUGAGUUGGCCAGACGAACUCCAUCCACAUUAAGGGAAUUCAUGGAUUGA